AACAAAGUUCAAGAGGAGGCCCAAGUUCAAGAAGCCGGCCCAGGCCCGAAUGAUAUAAUAUUUGUAAAAAAAAGUUAUGACCCGGCCAGAUCGCAUAAAAAUCUCAAAAAUAUGUCUGUAUGGGAAGGAAAGAUUCCAGCAGGCAAUAAUCCAGCAUAUGCUUUUAAUAAACAGCAAGACAAUCAAACAGCAUAUGCUGACACCCCAUAUAUGCCCCAACUCAUGGCCUCAACACGCAAAGCAAUUACUAAUAUUCUCAAAGAAGAGCUCUACAAAAAGAAUCAAAUAAAAACAUCAUUAGUUAUAGAAAGCAUAUAUGCAAAAUAUAAAUAUAAAGGAGAAGGUGAUGCUAUGAACAAAGCGAAUUAUGAACUUAGUCAGACCCAUUCCUAUCAUAGAGGAAAACAACAUAUUCUUCUUUCAGAAAAUGAUAUAGACCCAUAUUUAAUUCAAUCU